AUGUCGUCUUCCGCUGCGGCGCUCGCGUGGCGCCGCACCCUCCGCGACGCCCUCCUGCGCGGCUCCGCGUGGCGCGGCGCGGCGCCCGCGCGGUACGCCAGCACGGCCUCCGCGUCCGGCGCGCCGGCGGAGGCCGCAGACGCAGCCGCGCCGAAGAAGGUGCCCCCGCCACCCCGCAAGGGAAGGCUUUUAACUGGGGCCAUGAUAGCGUUGGCCAUUGGUGGAGGUGCUUAUGUGAGUACCGCAGAUGAAGGAAAGUUUUGCGGCUGGUUAUUCAAGUCGACAGAACUCGUGAACCCACUAUUUGCACUGCUGGAUGCAGAGUUUGCUCAUAGUUUAGCUGUUAAAGCUGCUUCCCAUGGAUUUGUUCCAAGAGAAAAGAGACCUGAUCCACCAGUUCUUGGGCUAGAGGUCUGGGGAAGGAAGUUUGCAAACCCAAUUGGUCUGGCUGCUGGCUUUGAUAAAAAUGCUGAGGCAGUUGAAGGUCUCUUAGGCAUGGGAUUUGGAUUUGUGGAAGUUGGCUCUGUGACACCUCUUCCUCAAGAGGGAAAUCCCAAGCCUCGAAUUUUCAGAUUAAAGGAGCAUGGUGCUGUAAUCAACCGAUGCGGAUUCAACAGUGAAGGAAUUGUAGUUGUUGCUAAGCGUCUUGGGGCACAACAUGGUAAGCGGAAGAUGGAAGAAACUUCAAGCUCCAUGCCUCCCUCAACCAGUGACAUAAAGCAAGGAGGAAAAGCAGGACCUGGAAUAUUGGGUGUCAAUCUUGGCAAGAACAAGACUAGUGAAGAUGCUGCUGCUGAUUAUGUGCAAGGGGUUCAUACAUUGUCACAAUAUGCUGAUUAUUUGGUCAUAAAUAUUUCUUCCCCAAAUACUCCUGGUCUUCGCAAAUUACAAGGUAGAAAACAACUGAAAGAUCUUGUGAAGAAGGUGCAAGCUGCACGAGAUGAGAUGCAGUGGGCUGAAGAUGGACCUCCACCAUUGCUUGUGAAGAUUGCACCAGACUUGUCUAAGCAGGAUCUUGAGGAUAUUGCUGCGGUUGCUCUUGCUCUUAGGUUGGAUGGCCUGAUUAUAUCAAACACCACUGUUUCCAGGCCACCACCUGCAGAUAAAGAUCCAUUGGCUCAGGAAACUGGUGGAUUAAGUGGGAAACCUUUGUUUGACUUAUCUACUAACAUUCUCAGGGAGAUGUAUAUGCUUACACGGGGCAAGAUUCCCCUCAUAGGCUGUGGUGGUGUGAGCAGUGGUGAGGAUGCAUACAAGAAGAUCCGGUCUGGAGCUACACUUGUUCAACUUUAUACUGCUCUUGCAUAUGGUGGUCCAGUUCUUAUACCCAGAAUAAAGGCUGAGCUAGCAGAAUGUUUGGAAAGAGAUGGCUUCAAAUCUGUUCAGGAAGCAGUCGGUGCUGAUUUCAGAUGA